AUGUCUUCCAAGACGGUCCUCAUUCUUGGCUCGUCGGUACACCCGCUGCUCAUCUCCUUGACGACUUCGCUGGCGCAGCAGCACACUGUCUAUCUGACACUGCCAUCCACCGCAGCAGUGCCAGCCGCCCUGUCAGAGAGCUCCAAAAUUACUGUUCUUUCACUCGACAUGUCCUCGUCUCUGUCCGCCGCAACAGUCGCUCGUCGUAUCGCCUCUUCUGUCUCGGGCAUCGACAUCCUCGUCAACGACGCCGGACUUGGGGGCUCACAGGCCCUCCUCGACGCCAUGCGGACCUCAAGCACGUACAAGACCAAAAUUGCCAGCAUGACAGACACAGUCGUGGUCUUUGCCGACCUGCUAGAGCGCAACGGUGGGAGGGUCGUGUGUCUCGGCACAUCAGCCGCCAUGAUCUCCGCGCCGUGCAUGAACAACGCCCGGUUCUCGACAAAGGAGGCGCUGGUCCAUUUGUGCAGCGAGAUGCGGACGGCACUCGCGCCGUGGGGCGUACCCGUGUCGUGGAUCACGGUGGACUGGACGCCCACGAGCGGGCCACUUGUUGUGGCGUCGUCGACGAGACGGGGUGGGACGAUGCAGAUGAGCGGUUUGGUGGAUGAGAUUGAGCAUGAUGGGAGGAGGUCCGGCUGGGACUGGCCGGGGCGCUUUUUCAGGGGAAAGGAGAGUGAUGAGUCCAUGGUCGAAAAGGGGGUUCUUGGGUGUUAG